AGCUCUUGUCUGAAUUGGUUAACAAGAAAGAAAAAAAAAAAAAGAAGAAGAAGACAACGACUAGUGAAAUGGGUCUUUGUGUUUCAUACUUUUCCUCUUCCUCUCCUUCCAAAAUGACUAACAACCGCAGUAACAUCGGACGACGGAACCAAUUCUUGGGGAAUGCGAGCGACGGUUGCGGGCAGAUAUUGGAAUCAACAAAUGUCAAACUUUACAGCUUUCUUGAUCUAAAGACUGCGACCAUGAAUUUUAAACCGGACUUGUUGUUAGGCCAAGGAGGUUUCGGUGAAAUUUACAAAGGUUGGAUCCAUGCCAAGACUCUUGCUCCUUCUAUAGCAGACUCCGGUAUGACCGUCGCCAUCAGAAGAUUGAACUCCGAGUAUGUUCAUGAUUUAGAAGACUGGCAAACAGUCGUUAACUUCUUGGGGAAGCUUUCACACCCAAAUCUGUUGAAGUUAUUAGGACACAGUCGUGAAGGCAAAGAGCUUCUGCUUGUAUACGAGUUCAUGCCCAAAGGAAGCCUUUGUGAUCAUCUUUUUCAACGAACCGAGCCUCUUCCUUGGGACAUGAGGAUCAAGAUUAUGAUCGGUGCAGCACGUGGCCUAGCGUUUCUACACGGCUCACAAAGAACAGUCAUUUAUAGAGAAUUCAACCCGUCAAAUAUACUUCUCGACUCGAAUUAUGAAGCAAAGAUUUCAGAUUUAGGGCUAGCGAAGUUUCGAUCAACACAAGAGAAUUCCAACGUUGUGAUUAGGAUCAAGGAAACAAUUGGUUAUGUCGCUCCUGAAUAUGUGGCAACAGGCCAUUUAUACGUUAAGAGUGAUGUAUACGGCUUUGGUGUGGUCUUAUUAGAAAUAAUGACCGGACUAAGAGUGUGUGACUCAAAAAGGCCUCACGGACAAGAGAAUCUAGUCGACUGGUUAAGACCAAAACUCUCAAACAAAAACAAAGUGAAACAUAUAAUGGACAAAGGAAUCAAAGGUCAAUACUCAUCCAAAGUGGCGACUGAAAUGGGACGCAUCACAUUCUCUUGUACAGAACCAGACCCGAGAAAACGACCACACAUGAUGGAAGUACUUGACGUACUCGAACACAUCCAACACAUUAACCUCGUCAGUCGUCAUUCCGAACCCUUCUUCCACUAAACCUAUCACUGCUAGCUCUUUUCAGUCCUCGCCAUGCCACUAUCAGCUGGUUUGUGGGGCUAAAACAGAGCAGAGGUCGUGACUGGACGGUUUGAAUAAAGAAAGAAACAGUUACUUUAUGUUAUUUUUAGAGUCAUUUGGUUCAACUCUGUUUAAAGAUGAUGGUAUAAUUAUACUUUGUUUGUGACCAUUUUUUAAAGUUAUUGUUUUACUCUAUGACAUACUUAUGACUAUAUUGUUUCCUUGUGCUUU